AUGGACACACAGACGGAUGCGCAGACGGACACGCAGCUGGAUAUAGACAGAUACACAGCCGGACACACAGCCCGCAGAUGGACAGACAGCCAGAGACAGAUGGACACACAACCAGACACACAGCUGGACUCACAAACUCCAAACCCGCAACAACCCCAAACCUACAACAACCCCAAACCCACAACAACCCCAAACCCGCAACAACCCCAAACCCACAAUCCCAUACGCCAGAUCCAGACCCCCAGACCCAAAACCUCUGAUCAGACCCCAGAUCCAGAAGCCCCGACUCCAGACCCCAAACCCAGAACUCCAUACGUCAGAUCCAGACCCCAAACACAGAACCCCAGACCCCAUACCCACAACCCCAGACCUCAUAUCCAGAAACCCAGACCAGAUUCCACAUCCAGACUCCAGACCCCAAACCUCGAACCCCAGACCCCAAACCCGAAACCUCAGACCAGAUCCCAGAUCCAGAACCCUACACUGCAGACCCCAAACCCUGAGCUCCAUAUGCCAGAUCCCGAUUCCAGACCUCACACCCCAGACCCCAAACCCAGAAGCCCAGACUUCAGAUCCAAAAACCCAGACCAGAUUCCACAUCCAAAACCUCAGACUCCAGACCCCAAACCCAGAGCUCCAUUUGUCAGACCUGAUCCCAGACCUCAAAUCCCAGACCCCAAACCCAGAACCCCAGACCUCAAACCCCAGACCCCAUACUCAGACCCCAAACCCAGAACCCCAGACCUCAAACCCCAGACCUCGAACUCCAGACCCCAUAUUCAGAUCCCAAACCCAGACCCCAGAUCCAGAACCCUACACUCCAGACCCCAAACCCAGAAUUCCAUUUGCCAGAUCCAGACCCCAGACCUCAAAACCCAGACCCCAAACCCAGAACCCCAGACCCUAUACCCAGAAUCAACCCCAGACCUCAAACCCCAGACCCCAUACCCAGAACCCAUACUCAGACCCCAAACCCAGACCCCAGAUCCAGAAGCCCACACUCCAGACCCCAAACCCAGAGCUCCAUUUGCCAGAUCCAGACCCCCAGACCUCAAAACCCAGACCCCAAACCCAGAACCCCAGACCCCAUACCCAGAAUCUCAUCCCAGACCCCAUAUCCAGAAGCCCAGACUCCAGACCCCAUACCCAGAACUCCAUAUCUCAGAUCCAGACCCCAUAUCCAGAACCCCAGAACGCAAACCCAAAACCUCAGACCAGGCCCUAUAUCCAGAACCCCAGACUCCAGACCUCAAACCCAGAGCUCCAUAUGCCAGAUCCAGACCCCCAGACCUCAAAUCCCAGACCCCAAACCCAGAACCCCAGACCUCAUACCCAGAAUCUCAUCCCAGACCCCAGAUCCAGAACCCUACACUCCAGACCCCAAACCCAGAGCUCCAUUUGCCAGAUCCAGACCCCAGACCCAGAACCCCAGACCCGUACCUCAAACCCACACCCUCAGACCCCAAACCCAGAACCCCACAGCUGGACCCAGACCCCAUGGAUGUCACCCUGAGGGCUCCCUGCCCCACUGGGGGUCCAACUCCUCCACUGGACACCGACAUGACACUGGGACCCCCACGUGCCACCAGGACCAUCACAUGA